ACAAACGUCACACAAUGACACAAGUGGUGUAACAGAGAACAGAAAAUAAUAAAAGUCAACAAAGAUUGGAGGAUUAUUAGCCCUAAAACAGAUUUUAGUGUAAAUUAAUUUUGAUUAACCUAAUAAUUCUUCCACCAUGUUGAAGCCAAAAGCGUUAACACAAGUGCUGAGUCAGGCGAAUACGGGAGGUGUCGAAAACACAUUGUUGUUAAAUCACCAAGGCGCUCUUUUGGCAUACUCUGGGUAUAACGAUAAAGAUGCUAGAGUAACAGCAGCAAUUGCAAGUAACGUGUGGUCGGCGUAUGAGAAGCACGGACGAAAUGUUUUCAAAGAAGACAAACUUCAUCUAAUUUUAGUUGAUUGUUUGAAUGGCAAAAUUGCCAUAACACAAGUAGCGAACUUGUUAUUGUGCCUUUAUGCUAAAGAAACUGUAGGAUUUGGAAUAUUGAAGGAAAAAAUCAAUGCUAUUGCUCAAUACCUUGAAGGUCCCUUAAAGCAAGUUGCUAGCUCAUAACAUUCCUCAAGCGUUUUGUAACAAAUAUGACACUAAAAUAAUUGUGUAAAUGUAAUAUAUUCGAUAAAAAAAUAAGAUUAUGUUUAGGAUAUGAUAUGUAAAUUUUAUAUUAAUCUUUAAUAAACUUAA